UCCACGCCAGAACUGGCGGCUGUUUCCUUUUCACUUACAUUGAGAUUUGAGUUUAGAAGAGACGGAAAUGACAAAUGAGACAUUAAUGAGCUAGGAACUUCCAGCAGAAAGUUGGAAUCUUAAACAUUUCUUUGCAGAAGUCUGCAGUGGAAUUCCAACAAAACUAUGACAACCUAAACUGAGUUUACCUCAACUCUCCAGUCACGGUCUCAAGACAAACUAACUCUUCAAAAAGCAAAGAUGGAGGAGUUAUAUGAACUUGACCUCACCUAUGUGACAGAGCGCAUCAUUGCUGUGUCUUUCCCUCAAGACUGCUUUGAAGAGACAUACCUGCGCAACCUGCGAGAUGUCACACGCAUGCUCAAGUCCAAACAUGCAGACAAAUAUUUGGUGAUCAACCUGUCAGAGAGAAAGCAGGAGCUUACCAAGAUGAAUCCUAAGACUCUUGACACAGGAUGGCCAGAUUUCCAUGCGCCCCCUCUGGAUAAAAUCUGUACUAUCUGUAAAGCCAUAGAGAAUUGGCUCAUUGCAGAUCCACUGCAUGUGGUGGUCAUUCACUGCAGGGGUGGAAAGGGCCGGAUUGGUGUUGUUAUCUCAUCCUUUGUUCAUUUCACAGAUGUCUCGGCCAGUGCAGACCAGGCGUUAGACCGCUUUGCCAUGAGGAAGUUCUAUGAUGACAAAGUUUCUGCUUUGAUGAGCCCAUCUCAGAAAAGAUAUGUGUGGAUCCUGAACAGUCUCUUGAGCGGUUUGAUAAAGAUGAACACCAAUCCUCUCUUCCUUCACUGCAUCAUCAUUUAUGGGAUCCCAAACUUUGACACUGCAGGAGUGUGUCAGCCGUACCUGAAGGUGUAUCAGGGAAUGCAGGUGGUCUACACCUCCGCUCUCUACCACAUUGGAGCCAGUCACAGAGACAAGAUCUGUAUCGCUCUAGAACCAGCACAGCUGCUAAAGGGUGAUAUCAUGGUGAAAUGUUAUCAUAAAAGCAGCACAUCUGUUCGGGACAUUAUAUUCAGGGUUCAGUUUCACACAGGUGCUGUUCAGGCAUACACCCUCAUGUUUCAGAAAGAGGACAUGGAUCACGCAAACAAAGAUGCCAGAUUUCCAGAUUAUGGGAAAGUGGAGUUAAUAUUCUCUGAUGGCCCAGAAAGAAUUCAAGGAUCAGAGCACUGGCAGAACGGUCCAGAUGUGACUGUUGACUACAUGAACACAGAUUCACUCUCUAAAUGGGACUCAUACCAGAACUUCUGCACUGCAGAAGUUGCACCUAUGCAGUCUCCAUCUCCAAUCCUGGAGAAACCCUCCUUUAGGAGAUCCUCCAGCAGAGGUCCGACACUCUCCAGAGCCCACCAGAGCACCUCUACAACCUCCAGCCCUGACCACACCCUCUCCGCCAGCAGUGACUCGGGUCUCUCCAGUGCUUCACUCCGGACUGACUGUUGGCCCUCACUUGGGAUCAAAGUAUCCCAGCCCAGCCAACAGGAGAAAGUCGAACUCAAGCGCCUUUUGAGCGGCUUUGGUCUAGACGAGUCAAGUCGAGGUUGCACAUCAAUGGAGCCAACAUUAACCACUCCACAAGUGCUCCACGAUUCAGCCCAGCUGCAAAUGAAUGGCAGCUCCCGACCAAAAGAACGUGAGACAGACAUUCUAGAUGAUGAAGUCUUGAUCUCACGCCAUGACCUACAUAGCGUAGACAGUUUGGGCACUCUUUCUUCGUCCUAUCACAAGAGCAGCCAGAACUCAUUGCUGUCAGAUGGCUUUGGCAGUCCUGUUCGGAUAGAGGAAACUUCUCAUCAUCACACAGUGGCAAUGGAGGAGUAUGAUCGGAGAGCCUGCUUUGCUCAAAGAAGCGUCACUUCUCCUUCAAUGGGUGUAGCUCCAAGGCAUCUGUUCCAACAUGGCUGUUACUCCACCCAAACAUGGGUCCAUCAACAGCAACUUGUAGCUGCUCAGCAGUACUCUUACCAGCCAGAGGAAGACUGCGUUGAGGAGCGUUUCCACAAUGACACGCAAGAAAUCCUGCCCAAAGUGGCCAGUGAUCAGAAAAAAUCUCCAUCCACUCUUGAGAUGUCCCAAAGCCAAGAGAAUGACAAUAAGCACGAUGAGGAGUUCAGUUCACUAACGGUAGACAUCGACAACUCCAUUCAUCAGCUCAACCAGCUGAUUUUGGAUCUGGACCCAACAUUUGUGCCCAUUUCCACCAAAUCCAGCUCAAUCAAGAGGACCGUAGGUGCAGACAGUAACGGUAAUGCUACGGGUUGUGAAAACAGCAGCAUGAGCCAAAGAUGUGAUGUCCAGAACGACAACAGCAAAGAUAGAACUCGUCAGUUAGUCUCUCCUGCUGAAGAUGGUUUGCUCAUCCUGAGCAGAGAUUCCAGUGGUGUGACUGAGAACACAGGACAAUAUGGACGAUCACCCUGGUCUCUGGAUCAGCAGACUGCAGACAAACAGAUAUAUACUGCUCCAAUGCCUCAGAAACAGCAUGCAGCUCUAUACAGAACAGACAGUGUUGAGUACAGAUCUCACAGUGCAGAGAUGGAUGGUGGAACGCAUGCUAGCAGUGAUAUGAUGCCAUCAACACCAGCUUUCCCUAUCUCACCACCCACCCCAUAUGUAAAGACCACGAUGAACUUUUCACAGUACAGACAAAGUCCAUCUCCCACCAUACCUUCAUUUGGAUCUUAUAGACCUGAGCAUGAAAUGCGAGCUGAAGCAGAUAUUAUGGGACGCACACCUUUGCCUUCAGAUGAAAGUUCACAACAUCCCACUCACAGAUCUUACCAUCACUCUGCUACCAUUGGCGGAAUAAUGUCUUUCUCUGACAGUUCAUCAUCUAAGCCACAGUUAGUUCAUCAGUCAUCCCUUUCUGCUCAUCCCUCUGACUCAAUGAACUUCACCCACAGUUCUAUCCCAUCACAUAACCCCAUUCCGGCCCCUAAUGCCCACAGUUCUCCUCUCAGCACACAGAGGGCCAAAGUAUUCCAGCAUGCCCUUGGCCACAGCACCUUACAGACCUUUGGGGAGAAGUUCAGCUUCAAUCAACCAGUGGAAGGACUGAACUACCACCAGCAGCACCCCCCUUCACUAGAGCAGAGAAUGCCAUCAGAUGGAGAAAACUCCCAAGAUUCAGUUUCUCCGGCUCCUAGUGGCUUCUCAAGUCCCCACAGCGGGAGUUCUUUGAGUAUUCCCUUUCCUAACGUGCUGCCGGAAUUGCAAGCAAGAGGAAACAGUAUCAGCUCUUCCUCGUCUCUUCCAGAUGUGCUCUCAAGCAAGCAGUUGACGGUCAAGUUUGUCCAGGAUACCUCAAAAUAUUGGUACAAACCAGAAAUCGCAAGAGACCAAGCUAUUGCAGUGCUAAAGGACAAAGAUCCUGGCUCAUUCAUUGUUCGAAACAGCCACUCUUUUAGGGGUGCAUAUGGAUUGGCCAUGAAAGUCACAACACCCCCUCCCUCUGCUCUGCAGCAAAGCAAAAAAGGAGAUCUGUCCAAUGAGCUUGUACGUCACUUUCUCAUUGAGUGUACGCAAAAAGGGGUUCGACUCAAGGGAUGCCCUAAUGAGCCAUUCUUUGGGAGUCUCACUGCUCUGGUGUUCCAGCACUCCAUCACUUCUUUGGCUCUUCCUUGUAAACUCAUUAUACCUGACAGAGAUCCUCUAGAGGACGCAGUUAGUACAUCUUCACAGUCCAUCACCAAUUCUGCAGCUGAACUCUUAAAACAAGGAGCAGCAUGUAACGUGUGGUUUCUGGGUUCGGUGGAGAUGGAGUCAUUGACUGGAUAUCAGGCUGUGCAGAAAGCCACCAGUGAGAUUCUGAGCACAGAUCCGCUGCCUUUAUCGACUGUGGUGCAUUUUAAAGUCUCCUCACAAGGCAUCACACUCACAGACAACCAGAGAAAACUGUUCUUCAGAAGACACUAUGCUGUCAACACUGUCAUAUUCUGUGCUCUGGACCCUCAGGACAGGAAAUGGAAAAGAGAUGGUUGCACCUCAGCCAAGGUCUUUGGCUUUGUGGCACGUAAAGCUGGUAGUGCCAUGGAGAAUGUCUGCCACCUGUUUGCUGAACACGACCCCGAGCAGCCUGCGAGCGCCAUCGUCAACUUUGUCUCCAAAGUGAUGAUUGGCUCACAGAAGACUUGAUGUCGUCAAGACGAUACUGCCUGUAGACCAAUGUAGAUGACCAAUUUGUCAACACUAAAGCAUUAACAUGACAACUACCUUCCGUUUUUCUUGAAACGGUCAGAAAUGAGGGAUUCACUUUUUUUCCCAGUACAUACACUAAAAUGAGAAACCCUCUGAAAAUGUACAGUAUUAUGUAUAUUUAUGUACUGAAAAUGUAUCUAUUGUUUAUGCAAACUUUUCAAAAGGAAUUAUUCAUACUGAAAAUAAAGCUCAAUAUAUGCGUGUACGAACAAGUUUUUUUUUACUUUGAUUGUUUUAGUUGUUAAGGGUUAGUGUUCAGUGACUUUAUUGAUCUAUACUACUGAUGACAAGACCAAAAACUUGUUUAUAAUAUCUCUAUAUUCUUUACAAUGUCUAUAUCAUUUUCUAUAUAUCUAUAUAUUUAGUUCAAUGUUAUGUUCAAUAUGGUUUUUGCUAGCAGAUUUACAUUUCAUUUGGCAUAUUUUGUUUCUCACAGAAAAGAAAACAAAAAACAUAACAUAUUUUAUAUCUUAUGCAUGUAAAAAUUCUGUAAAGUGUAUAUGUUCAAGGCUUGUUUACUAAAUGUAAAACAAUCAUCCUCAGUAUUGAUGAUGUUCAAUACCCUGAAAGAAUCAGUCGUAUCUGUUUUUCCAUGUUGGUUUGGCAUUUUGAAGUGAAUGGCUAAACUGAAGUCAGUCUUUCUGAACAUACCAACUUAAAACAUAUUUAUUAUUUGUAAACCUUGAUGCAUUCCAUUGUUGAAUGACUGUACCCUCUAUUUUCUCAUGAUAGAUUUGAAGAUAUCCUAAUGUCUCCUACAGUUUGUAAUAUCACAAAUGUGUAUUUAAUCAAAAUGCUGACAAAUGAUAAAUCUAUUAUACUAUCAGGAAGCAUUUUAUGCUUUUUUUUUUAUUAUGAAUUUUUAUGAUUGACUUCAUUUAUCACAAGCAACUGUUUGGUGCAAUUGGAUGUUCACACAUUCAAGGAUAGUUUAAAUAAAAAUUCUGUCCUCAUUCAAUCGCCUUCACUGUUCAAAACCCAUAUGACUGCCUUUGUGGGUUUUGAACAAAAUUUUAGGCCACGAUUCCCUGACUUUGGGGAUGGAUGGAUUUUAGGGACUGACAGCCUCAAUGACAAUUUAUUAUCCAUCCAUCCAUCCAUCCAUCGUCAACCGCUUAUCCUGUGUACAGGGUCGCGGGGGGCUGGAGCCUAUCCCAGCUGACAAUUUAUUAUAUGGAACAAAAAAAGAGCAGCAUCAACAUUCUUCAUUCAUACAGAUUGAAACAACAUAUCAAAAAUGAUGUGAACCUAUCCAAUCGGAUUAGCACUCACUAGACCAAGACAGCGGUUUCCAGUUUUGUUUGCAAUAUGCAUCAGACAGUUAAUGAACAAACACUGGAACUGAGAUUAGGGUAGGGUACAUAUAAAGGGUCUCUUUUGCCCUUACUGCAGUGUCAUUGCACAUCUUUACACUGCAUGUA